GCCACACUCCUGCUCUGAGUUUGCGGUUCAAGCCUCUUCGAGCCUAAAGCUGCUGGACAUGUGCAAACCCCGGCUUCGCACCGUCGCAGCGCCUGCUCGUGUCGCCGUACGGCACCCACAGGCCCGCCGCUGGGGACCUCCCCAGCCCCAGCGAGCCGCGACGCAUACGCCUCUUCUUCGGGGGCGGCACCGCGAUGUACGGCAACCCGGAGCGGCACCCCCAGGGCGGCCAGAGGCCGACGUCGAGGAGCAGACACAGGCCGUUUCAAACCUCGUGCCGUCGGAGGUGCGGCCUCGUCGCCCCGGACGCCCGCCGCCGAGCGGCCGUGACGGGCGGUGGGCGGCGUUCGGCAUCAGCGGCCGCGCGCGGAGGCUGGGCUACUUCAUCCGCACCGAGCUCGUGCGGGGGCGCGGGCGGAUGCCGCCGCAGUCCGUGCUGGCGAGCUCCAGCCACCCCGCGGCGCGCUGCGACCUCGAGGGUGCGACGCCCUGCUCCGAGGCCCUGGACGCCUGCGGCGCGAGGCUCGACGAGAACGCGGCGGGCAGCACCAGGUGCUGCCUGGGGCGCUACCACCCCAACAUCUCAGGGCGUCCUGAAGCUGGUUCAGUUCGCCCUGCACCCCCGCGGCUACAGUCACGACGCUGA